AUGUCGACCUCAGCGACGGGCAGCGGGGCGUCUGCCGGCAAGAGCUUGACCAACUAUGCCUCAUAUCUACCAGAGGGAAGCAAGCAACCGCGCAUUGGGCACCUUGAUCUGGCGUCCAACACCAUCACGCCCUUGUCCUACACCUCUGGCACGCCGGUAAGGAGUCUGUACGAAGUGAUUGAAGCGGGCGAGAAUGCCAUUGUCCAAGCCGGAGAACCGUUCCCACGAAGCAAGGCGAGAUUGUUACCCCCGAUCUACGGCCGGGAUAUUCUUGCUGUCGGGAAGAACUAUGCGGCUCACGCCAAAGAAUUCAAUGCUUCAGGCUAUGACAGCUCUGACAAGGUCGACAUGCCCACCCACCCGGUCAUCUUCACCAAGCGGUGGACUUCUGCUAUUGCGGAUGGGGACGAGAUCUAUCCUCAUCCAGGAUUCACCGAGUCGGUCGACUAUGAAGGAGAGAUCGGCGUCAUUGUAGGCAAGCCUGGGUUCAAGAUUGACGCCAAAGAUGCCCUCGACCAUGUCUGGGGCUUUACCAUCAUCAACGAUGUGACUGCACGCGAACGGCAGCGGGACCACAAGCAGUUCUACAUUGGCAAAUCGCCUGAUACAUUCGCGCCAAUGGGCCCGAUAGCCGUCCCAAAGGAGCAUCUUCCAAAGGUGCUCACCGUUGAGACCGUUGUGAAUGGAGAAAAGCGACAAGAAGGUACAACUGACGACUUGAUCUUCAGCAUACCGACUUUAAUCGAGACUUUAUCUGCGGCCCAGACAUUGCAACCUGGAGAUGUGCUGGCCACCGGAACUCCCGCCGGCGUUGGCUUUGGGUUUGAUCCCAAGGUUUGGCUGCAUCCUGGCGAUGAGGUCAAGAUCUCCGUGACCGGCCUCGGAACAUUGACGAACAAGAUUGCAAGUCCCGAGUCGCGAGCUACCAUCCUCAACCAUAUUGUCUCGUCCGCGGUGCCCGUCACAAAUGACAAGGCGGUCGAAGGCCGUGGACUUACCUCUGUUGGCUCGAAGCAGCUGUUCUACCAGCAGAAAGGCGGUGACGGCACCGGGCGGCCAAUCUAUUUCAUCCAUGGUCUGGGCGGCACUUCAGACUAUUUCGGACCCGUGAUGACAAGGCUGGGGAACGCUUGGACAUAUCAUCUGGCUGAUCUCGAGGGCCAUGGACUAUCGCCCUCAUCCGCGACGAGCAAGCUGAGCAUCGCUUCUUUUGCUUCUGACGCAUAUCAACUUUGCUCUCAGGCUGGAAUCAAUGCCGAGUCAGGACUGACCGUGGUUGCACAUUCGAUGGGCUGUCUGGUAGCGAUGAAACUGGCGCUGGAUCACCCGGAGCUGGUCAAGACACUCGUAUUACAAGGGCCUGGGCCUUCACCGCUCCCAGAAGCCGCCAGCAAAGCCACAUAUGCCAGGGCCGCCCUUGUUCGUGAAAAGGGCAUGCUUGGAGUAGUGGAUGCUGUGGUCGGCGCAGGGACCUCUGAUUACAGCAAGGCACAUAAUCCUCUGGCAAUUGCCGCCGCUCGAAUUUCGCUACUGGGACAAGACCCCGAAGGAUAUGCAAAGGCAUGCAUAGCCCUUGCCGACUCGCACGCGGACACCUUGGACAUCUCGGCCCUCAAAGCAAGAGUGCUGAUCAUCACAGGAGACGAAGACAAGGUCUCGCCACCGGAGAUGUGCAGGAAGAUGAAGGAAAAGAUCCCCAACUGUGAGGAUGUCGUUGUGUUGCCGCAGGUCGCGCAUUGGCACCUGUUUGAAGCUACCGAGAGUGUCUGCUCGGCUGUCACCGACUUCCUGGGUAAGCAGUAACCACAGCCGCCCCCUUUUCGGAUCGAUUGCGCCAGGGGUGUCGAAGCUAGAAGGUGGUAAGGUGGCUGGUGGAAGUUGCAACACGCCCACAGACACAUAAUUACAUCCCUGCGACCGUCUUUCGGGCGAGUGCGAGUGGCUUAGAUGAAAU